AUGGAGCUAUUUAAUCGUUGUUUUAGGAAAGAUUACGGUUCGGCCAACGAUUUAAACGUCCGUGUCAGGUCUCCUGUCGUGAACGAAGUAUGCCCCGUUGACGCAAAAGGACCUGAGAAGUCAAUCAUUUCCCAUUCGGCUGAUUCAUUUCCCGCAGUAAAUGUCCCAUUGACUUUCCGAAAAUUUUAGCGUUUUUCCUUCGUCAAUAUGGACUCGCUUUAGUAAGAUUUUAUUUAAAACUCACCCAAAUAUUGGGUCACUGUUUUGUUUUAAUAAUUGCUCAGAUUCUGGAGUAUUCUAAUAUUUUUAUUUGACAGGAAGUUCUUUGGAAAUUCUCAUUUAAUAACGAGAAGCAAAUGACUCACUUUUGUUAUAAACACAAUUCCUUCAAGAUUACUAACAGACUAUCGAGACUGUCGACACUCUGAGACAUUAGUGAAAAAUGUCUGGUUUGCUAGGAAAUAUUCGGCGAUACAACCCGCUGUCCGACAUCUUAGGCUCACUAAGUUCCUAGAAUUAUUAGUAAGGCAUGUCUUAUUUCACAAUUUAAUCCUUUAAACUACGACUGACAAACGAAAAAAUGCAAUAAAUUGCUUCUUCUCAGAAUCAACAGAAGGUUUAAAAAUGUCUUUUGCCAAUCGUCCUCAAGAUUCCGAAGUUAUUUUUCGUUAAUUUAAUUUUUCUCCAAAAAUUACUAUUUCUCACCAGAAAUCGAUUUUUAUGCAGUUUAUGCAUUUCAAAUCCCCGAAGGUUUUCUGCCCAUAAGACAGUAAGCUUACUGAAGAAACAUCUGAGCAAAUUUCUGCAAUAAUGCUCUAUGACUUUCCGCGAAAAUUCAGUUUUUUAAGGCAGUGUUAGAUCAACAAACAUAAAAAGGCAUUAUACUGACAUUCAAACGUUUACCCAAUUUAAACAUAUUCUUGAGAACUCACAAGGAAUCCGGGGUUGGUUAAAAAUUUGUGUCAGUGGGAGUCCAAUGAAUUCCCUUAACCGGCAGCGAUUCGUUGCGUCCGUCCCCGCGUGUCUUUGACAAUUUUGUGUGCAGCAUAAAAAUUGAUAUGCUUGCCCGAAUAUAUUGCUUCUAGGAGUUCGCGGAUUAUGUUUGUUAGACAGGCACCAGCAAUGCAAGUUUUCUCCCAUACAAAUGCGCUUUCGGUGUCCCGUUGCUGCAUGGUUUCUUAGGGUAGAUGGUCUCGUUUUCUCAUGAUUAACUGACGUCCAUGCUGACAUGUUCAAAUAGUUUUCUCGCUUUGACUCCAAAUAACUGCAUUACAAUAAAUAUACAGAAUGUUGUAGGCGGUUUUGUUUGUCGAAAUGAUGAAGAUUACCUUAAGGGUGUACAAACUGGAUGCGCAAAGUAGCUGUAGGUUUAUAUGCUACAUGAAUAUGAUGUUUCUUAGCUGUCUUUCGAGGAAUGCAGGCACUUUUCUCACGCAUCGAUUAGUUCCCAGAUUGCUGUUUUUGGCUUCUAGGUGGCCCCAAGAUAGGAAAUACCCCUUUCUUUGGGCUCUUGAUGACCCUUGCAUAGACGCCCAUAGUGAAGAAGGCAGUCAUUUUGGGAGGCUAAUUUGAAUAGGACCUCUAUUUCUGCCUGAGGGCUCUCUUCGGUUCAAUUUUUGCGCGAUUUAGCUCGCUGCUAGCUGAAAUAUGUUUGUGGACAUACAACAUUAACGGUUGGAUUUGAUAUGAACUACAGAGAUCCUUUGCCUCUACUCCAAGGCUAAGGCGUUGCACAAACAAGCAGGCCCCAAACUUCAAGAAGCAAUGCACUCAGAUAAAGUUUGUAUCAAUAAGCAUAUAGAUUCAUAUGCUGCAUGCAAAACGGGGACAGGCGCAAACAAUCCCGACCGGAUAAGGGAACGCAUUGGACGCCUAUCGACGCAAAUUAGAGCCGACCACCGAAUCCUUUGCUAGGCGCGGCGGAAAUGUCCACUCUUUUUGUACGUUGUCUAUAAGUUUGGGCAAACAGUUACGGAGAUCUAAACGAUGGGCAUUGUUCGGUUCCCAAAGAACAGUCUAUUUCUGAAUGAAUCGUUAGAUAUGCUUGCUUUUUUAUUUUGGAGCCGUAUGGCAACCUUCGCAGCCCAUUCCACGAAUAAUUGCGUUCAGUGUAAAAUCGAUUUUUUAGCCUGAGUAUAAAACGUUUACCACCUCUCUUCCAGGAUAUGCUAAUUGUUUGCUGGAAAGAUUGCCUACGUAAGAGUAUAUAUAUAGAAAUGAAUGGCAUCGAAUUAGGCGUAAAUAUUUUGCGUCCAGAACAACCUUCAAACAUGUUUUACUCAUUUUUGGAAACGUUCUUCAAUUCGUAUGAAUGCAUUUUAGAUCCAGAUCUAGGACUCGCUGUCUGAAGUUUCUUAUAAAUGUUUCUUGCUUGUUCCGCCAAAAGCAUUGCACGACCACAUAUGACAACUGGAAUUUUUUUACUGCACUCCUAGCACAAGUACUAAUUAAAUCCCAGACAACUGUUUCACUGGUUUACUUCAGCCGCGAGGAGUGUGACUAAAGAAGGUGGUUUCAGAUAUACUACAGCUUUAACCGUGAACUGGUGCUUUCUUUCGAAUUCAGGGAACGACAUUAGAUUUAAAUCCGUGCGACUGAACUUGCCAGAUGGGGGAUUCCAAAACAGGUGUGAAAUUCAGGAAACUGGAGUGCUUUACAGCCAGUAGUCAAAAAAGUGCUGUAUAAAUUGGAAAUUUAUCCAAAGCUACGUGUUCGACACUUUUGAACAUUGUAUUCCAAGAAAACUGCAAUUUUACACCUUUAUAUAAGACGAUUUCACAACUGUCCCAAAAAGGCAUUAAUAAUCACGAUUCAAUCGGUCGCUUUUGGGCGUUAUUACCCCCAGCAAGACCUAAUGUCUCCGACGAAACGACACACGGAUUGGUUUGAAAUUAUGAGCGAAUGCCUAAAUGGCUAGAAACUUCCUUUUAGAUGUACUGUGUUACUUUUUUAUAACGGAUUGAGAUUUUGGUCGCUAAUGUAUCUAAAGGCUUACCUUUGUUUUUCCAUUACUACUCGCACUUUAUCACGGAAGUGGACUGUUUCGCUAUAUAGAAAAUAGAGGAGUGGUGCUAAGGUUUACAAAAAGUGGCUUUAAUGCAGGCUCCGAAGCGAAGACUAUGAAGACUGAUACUGAUGUACCAUUGGGGCGAAAUAGCCAACGAACUAGUAGUUUAUGAUACAGAAACAUUUGGUUGGCGUAGUAAUUAAUGAGUAAAUGUGACCGAAAAACUCUUCAGGCUUCAGUUUGUUGGAAAAAGCCGUUGAUGCGUACUGCGUUUGGCUAACAUACACCAUCGUUGCAUGGUUUGCCAAGCAUUUUGGGAAUUAUCAUCAUACUAGUACAAACCUCCCGAACAGUCAACAAUUUACGAAUUAUUUACCCAGUUUUUCAUUGAUUUACCGGUAUGCAAACCUGUUACAUUGUAGUACAAGUAUGGCGAAAAUCUACCUGUUGAAUGCAUUGCCUUUGACUUUAAAACAAUAACACAAAUUAAUAUGCUUUGACGAAACUAGCUUGCUUUGAUCGCAUUGACACUUCAGAACAAACGGGCUCCGUACUUUUGUGCUAAAAGUUACAGCAUGCAACUGUCGCUAGAUCGUCCAACGGGCAAGUUGAUUUACCAUUGAUCAUGCUUUACAUGCAUAAGCGGAGUACCACUGACGAUGCCAACGUUUUCAUCUUACUUAGUAAAUGCGGCAUUGCCAGUGUACGUAUGUUUAGGGAAUCCUCCAAAGUAAUUCGAUUGGUGCGAAAUGUUUUUGCAGUUUUCAUAAAACCUAUUCUGUUCAUAAAAUGGCGACUUGGUCACGCAGGAGACGGGAAAAUAUGCAUACAACAUCCAUUUUCCCGUCGUCUUAAACGAUGUAUACCGUGUGCCUGGUAGCAGGGUGGACACAGGGACGGUGACAGGCGCGUGAAUGGGUUUGUGAUUGUAACAGACUGGCACUGGGUCUACCGCAAUCUUUCCUUCUCACCAUCUGUGUUCGGUGUCGAGACAGAGACAAGAAGACCGGCGGCGGGAUCGGGCGCGACGUAGACCCGCAUAUAGACGUGCCACCACAUUCCUGAUUCACGAACUUGUAAGUAGACCCACUCUAGCAGCCUGUGACGCGGGGCGAGUGGAUGGAAACAUGGGUUCUUAUUUGUUUGAUCGCUUCAACACUGAGUUGUACAUCUGCGAGCCGCGGCCUGGGUGCAUAUGACGGGAUUCUAGUUGUUGCUUCUGUCACCUAUUCUGGCCGCCUCCUCCACGUGGGUGUAGGCGAUGUUGUACCUAGAUAAGGCUGCCUAGAGAUCCCAGACGGCUGGCUAACUCUACCAUGGGUCACCGCUAGGUUUAAUGUGGUUUUGAAGUGGAAAGGGAGUAGGGGGGAAAAUGGGAGCGGGAGUUAUCAGAUGUGGAGACAUAUCCAACAUCGGAGCACCCUCAUCUAUUUUGGCCCGCUGGCCAAGGCGGUUAUCGGGGUGUGGCUGCUAGGCAAAGCCAAGCUUUCGGGAGCCACUUGCGAUAGUUUUGUGCCAGUUAAGAACUAUGCAGAGCACUAAGUAUUUUCAAGAUGCAACUUACCACAUCUACACGGUUUAUUCUCUAACUUGGCACUCCUACGCCACAGAAGAUAUGAAUAACUAGCUGGACCCCGCCACGCGUUGCUGUGGCUCAGUCUGAUGAAAUGUAAUGGAAAAAAGAGAGGAAGGGGACACGUUUCUUAUAUGCUUAAGUGCAUAAUGGUUGUGGAUAUAAGAUAUUGUUGUCGUUGCGUUGUCGGCGCAGACACAAAUAUUGUCUAGUUUGCCGACUGGGGAACACGCAACCUAUAACUGGUUAUUUGAGAAGCAAUCCGUUUGCAGAUCCAAAACCGCACAAUUCUAAGGACUGGCCCUGAGCUUUGCUGAUCGUGAAUGCAAACGCCCGUCGAAUGGGGAAAUGCAGUAUCCUAAAUCGAAAUGGCAUGUCAGUUGGAAUCAGUGGAAUGCAAGGAAUAAGGAUAUUCUCUCCAUUACAAGGUCCUGUCGAGAUAUUGGAUCCUCGUACGUUGUUCACUAAUGGGUUUACUGCGAGCCACGUGCCGUUGUCAAGCUUCGGCUGGUUGAUUUCUCGCAGCAUUAUAACCGGCACACCGAUUUUCAAUCACAGUAACCGCGCCAUCGUCCCUGGCAGAUUAAGCGAAUUCAAAAUUUCUGUGACAAUUAAAUACCUCGCCUGGUUCCACAACGGUGUCGACGGACGUGCAUGGGAACUGCCCCGCUUUGUACCUUAGACUGAAUAGUAUGGUUAAGCAGGUAGACUUCUUGGUUCUUGGCCGCAAGAAUAGCUCGUCCGCUCAGGCAAUCAUGAUUCGUAUAAUUGGUUUGAAUAUUGGAAAAACCCUUUUCAACCAAGUCUUCUUCUGACGACACUAAAUUUCCGAAGGUAGGAUGUAGUGAAAUGCGUCCUUAAGUCGGAUCAACCGGCACCGAUCCGUUCCCAAUUGCCGGCAAUUGGUGUGAGAAUAUCUCAGCUGUUCAGUCGUUUUGCAGCUGGACACGCAUAUCCGUUGUUAAUUUUAACGUCUGGAGGUGGCGCACAACGUAGAGUAUUUCAGGCAGGCAUUUAUUUCGUCGGUUGGUGUCGAUCGAUGAACUACAGGCAGUGUUUGCCCGAGUCUCCUGCAAACAGUAGCAAUGCGCCUCCAAAUGGUUUGCUGUCACCAUGCAAAUCUUGCAAUGAUCGGUCAAGGACCUCCAGCAUUUUUGUGUGCCAUUGUGCAUUCGUCCCAAACAAUAACUUAGCAUUUCUGCAGUAGUUUUCCCAUGCCGGAUGUCUCGGAAAUGUCGCACGUGGAGUUCCAAUGAAUUGCACGUUCAACGUCGAUUGUAAAGCUGAAUGAACAGUUCUUCCACCGGGUAGCAAGUUCGCAGCUAUUCCGGAUGACAGAAGAGCUAAGGCUAUUUCAAUUUUGGACCGAAGUGCUGCCAGGAUCAGUAGUAGGAACGUUUUUGCCAGUCCCUUUUUGGCGCAUCCAAAAAGAUUCCUCCAACCCCCACUAUUGACAGUCCGCAUUAUUUGAUCGUAAAUACCACCCUGCUCCAGUGUUAGCUUAGGAAUGCCUGAUUGCAGAUACGACAGAAGAUCAACCCUGUGAUAGGUUUGCUCACGUCGCAAAUCCACGUCUAACGAGGUAGCAGCAGGUCGCUUUUGGUGAUGGCUUUCCCAUUUGAUUGAGAACUUUGUUCGUGAUUUCUACGUACACAUCCUCACUCAUUAUUAACAUCUCGUUGUAGAUUUUCUACUGUGAAAUCAUCAUUUUAUUUGUCCUUGCGUAUUCGACGGUAGAUGCCUUCUACACGCAUUCCCUGUGUAAUACUUAGGCACUUCCGAAUGCAGCAGUGUUUUUGCAAACGCGUUUUUUUGGCUUAGCGUGAAGAACGCAGUUAAUGUUGUGGCCGGUGGAUCUAAGGCAACCUGUUGCACAUUUGCAGCUGUAAAGUAAACGCAUUGCCCAUUCUCUAACUGUACGGCUUGAUUUCAUCCAGUUGUAUGUCCACAUCCCUCCCCCUCCUUUCGUGUUGCAGACCGAAAACGGCUAUGUCGCUGCCUUUAUUCACGUACUUACAAAGUUACCUAAUUCAUUUCUCGGAAUUGCGGUUUUCCACGUUUAUGUGAGCUUCGCUUGCUUUUAAAAGCAAAGGCGAAUAAGAAACGACCCAGCGGUUACCGACUUGUACGUCACCGAUUCGCAUUUGUACGGUUGUCAACUUGCCGACGUCUUUCCCUGAUCGUUGUCAUCGCCGCGACUGCGUGCAAAUCAUUGUCGACGUCGGCGUCAGACAAUUCAGUUCAUAUUUCAUCUGCGAUUGCGUUGAAAGUGAUCUUGUUGUAUAGCCAGAUCCAGGCAUGUGCGUGGGGCAGUGCCCAUCUUUUGCCAUUCCUCAUAAUACAUCCAGCAGCUCACAGACCCAAACACCUCGUGUUUCACCAUGAAGUUCAUCAGCGAUUUCAGUUUCUUCUUAAAAACACGUGCUGUGAUGUUAUACCUAUUCACCGGCGAUAGCCCAGGAAGUAAGAGCUGAUAAAUAUCCCCCAAACUGGAUUGCAUGUGAAUGAAAUGAGUAGGUCUGGACACCCGUACUGACAAACAUAAGCAAUUACACCUCGAGCGUACCCGAGCAUAUGACGUGGACUGUCUGUGUAUGUGGAGGACAAAAUCAGUAGCCCUACAACGUUAGUUGUAUUACUAUCGUUUACAACUGCAUCAUGCAAAGGAAUAUAUUCUUUAGAGCGCAGCUCGGUCUGAUUCAAGCGAAUGAAAAGCAGGCGUCCUGUUUCGAUUUUUGCACACAUAUCCACAAUGCAGUGAGGAAGCAAUUGGCAGCAUUUCAAAAGGGGAUUACUUACAUUCUGUCGAAUCAUAAGUCGGCAGGAGUAGUAGUUCAUUGCGCUGAAUUUAUGUGCGUUUCCUCGUCACUGACUGGAUUUAUCAUCCUAACGUUGAGGUGAUAUCCAUCGGCACCAUCCCGAAAAGUAAAUGGAUACUGCGUUGAAAUCGGUCUCCGACUGCCGGUAUAUGUUGGAUGGCAAAAUCGUUAGUCUUCCAACGGGUUUUGCCGUACCGUCGUUCACAACAGCAUCACGCAAAUGAAUGUGUUCUCCAGAGCGCAGCGUGAAUGCUGAGCACGGAGUCGUGUUUGACGCUCGUCUGCUGUUCCUCGCUGGCGCCAUUCGGCCACUCUCAGCUGGUAUUGCUCAUUCUGUUGUGAACUAAGCAUACCUGAAGCUGCAGAACGCUGUCGCCGUGACCGCAACCGGGCUUCCGCAAGCCGAGCUGCACUACACUGAGCUGACACUGGGUGACAGCCCUAUUAUAUGGGUUAUGCGGGGGGGGGGGUGGGGCUGGUGCUAACUGCAUCCAGUCCUCAUCCUCGAGUAUUCCCGAGCAAGCGGUGGCGGCCCUAUUAUGUGGGCUGUGGGACAAUUUUAAGUGGCGUCCAAGUGUGGCAUGGUUUUUUGCCCCCGGGGUGGUUUGCUCUGGCGGCCCAUAUUACAUCGGCCCAGAGGGGGGGAAAGCUGUUUAAUUAUCUGCGGGGGGUGGUGUGAGCGCGGCCGUCGGGCGGAGCACGUGCGUUUGAGCGAAUGUCGGUAAAGUGGCCGCAGUCUGGGCGCACAUGUGUCCGCGCGCGAUGUAGGUCAAGUGGCCGCAGCUGGUGACGUUGUUAUGGUGGAAAAAUUCCAGUUUUUUACCCAUCACAGACAUACCAUCGGCAUAAUUACACAACUGACCAGCCAAAAACCCGGCCCUAUGCGCGGGUCGGGUUGUGUCCAAAUUUCAGCGCAAUCGGUGCAGUACUUUCGGAGAUUAGAUAUAACACAGAAAAAAAAUCCUUCCAUUUUUAUAUAUAUAGAUUUCUACCCACUAACUUACGCUCUUAAUUGUUUCUAAUCUCUCCCUCAUUUCCAUUUCCAUUGUGCAAUCAAGGCAGGUAACUUGUUGUCACUUCUAUGCGACUUUGCAUGUUAUUGAUCUUGGUCGACAAAAGGUAACCAUGUCGAACCUGGGCGUCCAAUAACCCAUUGAACCCGACCCCAAAAUCUGGUUUUGUCUGCAUCCUGUGUUGGUUUCCUCGGGCUGACGACGACAAGUAGUAGGCGCAAGUAUUAGCAAUUGGUUACUCACAGCUACGCUGCAGUUAAAAAGUGUCUAGAUUCGGAAUUCCGAAGCAAAGCUGGACGAUGAUUCCCGUCUUGCAAUCAGAAUAUGUCAGUGGACUCUGCGCUUAUGCAAAAAUUAUUUGAAACACUGGCCAUAAAAAUCACAAGAGCCAUUACUGUCAAACCUGUAAUCAAUUUACUAAAACGCUUUAUCUAAAUAAGAUAACAUAGACUGAUUCGGUAAUAUAGCGGUCUUUUACUUCUUCGUGGUGAAAAUGAGUAUUUCAAAAUAAUUGACAUUGCUUAAUCUCACGUAUAAAGAUAGUUGGAACGGAAGAAUACAAUUUGAGACGAGGAAUUGUAUGUUGAAAUUUACUAUGGCUCACUUACACCAUUUUAUAAAUAAUAUAGGCGUACGGCCUUCGCGUUGAAUAUAUUACCAAUGGUUUUCUAAUCGCCUUAUUCUUUCUUAUUCAGAGUAGGUGUUGUAAAGUCGCAUCACGUGAUCAAGGUGGACUGGUAUCGGGCAGUUUUUCAUUAGUAAUUUGAAUAGCAUUCCUCGUUAACUUAUUUCAGCGCAAUCAAACCUGAUGUACUAAAGCGUUUUACAAUUACAUUUCCAAGUGCCGAAAAAGAAAAAUAAAAAAAUUCGCACAAUCGCCAGACUUGUGUCCCCUACCUAGGACUUACAAGGCUAACUCAAGGUAGCCUGGAUUGAAUGUCGAACAUAGUCAAAAAGCAAAACCGCUUACACGUAUGGUUAGAAAGCGUGUUGUCCACAGUUCUACAGCAGAGCCCUCGGUAUGAACCUGGGGGAGGUCGACAAUUAGAAUCAAUCCGGAGAAACAGGUAUUAUCGUUGUAUCAGUUCCUUAAUUCCAACAUUCUACCAUCAACUACCUGUUGAUCCAGUAAACAUGACGACGUUGUUUAAUAACUGUCCUGUCUCUGCUGAAUGAGCAUGAUAAGUAUAUGGGGAUCGCUGUCGACUUUUAGAAGAGAAAUCCGACACACUUUUCAAGCUUUGUCUGGUGGGAUGACCAGUGUCGCCCGAUGCUUGUAACUCGGCAUUCAACAGUCGAGGAUUUGGGCUUCUAUACCUACUUAUUUUGUCACAUGAGAGACAGUCCACACAGCAUGAAAGGUUUGCUUGUUUAUAUGGCCAUCUUAAUUGCUCCCUAAUAUCCUAUUAGUAGACAUAAUGUGAAGCUGGAAAUAAUGGUCUAAAAAUUGCAACUUCAUCGUUAUUUCUAUCUUUUUACUCGACAGAAUAACAAAAGGAACUCGAAAGGGGAAAGUAGUGACUCCGACGAGAGUAGCACAGAUGUCGUCGUUCGACGGCUUCGUCCAGAAGACUCAGAGUGCUGGUAUCCAAUCCCCAAGGCAGGGAGUCCAAGCACGAGAGGCGAACUCUCGCAAGCUGACUUGCAGGACAAUGGUUACCCUAAUUCACGUAAGUACUGCAAAAGCGUAGUCGUUCGGGCAGAUACUUAUCUGCGCCUUUAGCAUUUGAAAAAAUGACGAUAUAAGUGACAUGAACAUAGAUCGCUCCUAUCCACUAGGUAGUCAUCCAACAUUUCGGAAUGGUAAAAACAUUUCGGAAGGAUUUCAAACUGCGACCUGGACUUCAAGAAUUGCAAAUCAAAUCAAUUGGCAGAAUGUCAAGUUAUAUGGUCUAUAGAACACAAUUUUAAAGCAAAAUAAUGCUGAAUGCAAUCGAAAUCUGAGGGUUCAUGUAGUGCAUUCGAAUCCCCAUCUUCAGAGACUGUGUGCAGCCUUUAUUAAAAGGUACGCUGGGUACGCACGUAUACUGCCCAGCUUGCAGACUGUCAGUGAGGACUGCGGAUGCGAGACAGCCUCCCGCUCGGCCGUGGUCCGCACCACUCCGGUUUUCGUUAGCCGUGGAGAUGCUUAAUAUUUCUCAAGCUCGCGAGGUCACUAGCGACUCGUCCACAGAAUGAAACCUAUCUAACAGCUAUCUCAUAAAAAGUGCGAUCAACGGUCCAAUAAGGUGAAUCGACUUGAAAAAUGUUAAAAAGGGUCAGUGAAUGCGUAAGGUGGGUAGCUGCUUAUCUUCUAAGUGCAAUCAAGUGAGGACACGGGGUCGCAAGAUGAGUAGACGGACAGUGGCGAUGUCCAACAAGCAAAAGUACUUGAACAGCAAUCGUUUUGGCUUAAUCUAACUCUGAGCAGUCUGUUCUAUCCUUGACAAACACUAGUGCCCAGAAACGCGCUAUCUUCUUUACGCUUUGGAAAUUGUUUAGAGAAACGUCCAUCUGGUAGAUCAACAACAUCAAAGAACUAGAACUCCACCAGUGUCUCCCAUCGCAGUCGCUCAUAAAGUAUGUAUAUAUGGAUCUAAAAGCCGGAGAGUUCGUGCUGUCCAAUGCCUUCUAAAAUUUUUAGGGUUCGCAUGUUAAACCCAAAAAGCGGCGCUUAGGUAAUGGAUGCAGACAGAUUUCAUUAAAGGCCAGGCACAGCGUGACGUCCCGAUGCAACUAAGACUGUAAGCAAGAGAACUAUUUUACGGCUUCACACCUAGGUUAAAUGUGUCGAGAAAAUUCGAUAGACUGCCCUUCAUCUUCCGUUUGACAUCCAUAAUAUGUAAGCAAAAUUCGAGACAGUCUUGAAUAGAAGGAAUUUUACGACAAAGCGAGUAUAUCAGAGUACUAAAACAUCUGCUCGGCCUGGACAGAAAACAAUAAAACUUUUUUAACUUCAUAUUCACCUGGUGGCAACUGUUAUCUACUUGACCGGGUGGAAGGAUUCUCAUAUCACGUCUGUUAUUCGUGUUUAUUUUCGAAUGUGAAAUAAGUCGGUAUGCAGCAUUGCUAACUUCGCAUACAAAUAAUGCCACAACUGCGUCGCUGACCGAAAUGGUAAGACCAUUAUGUAAAAAGGUAAUCAUUAUGAAACAACUAUUUAGAGAAACGGGAAGAAUGUAGAACACUGUGAAAUUUGUAGAUGAUGCUCGGAUUUGUGACUGUGUUCUACUUACUCCGAGUUUUAAUAGACUUGGACUAAAAGCGGUCCAGAUUGAGAUAAUUAAAAAUGAUCUCUUCUCAAAGCUCACUGUAUGCACAGCACCUACCUAUGUUUUCGUCCUAGGCGCAUUCUCAGCAAUUUUUUAAAUGUUAAGAGUUAUGCAUAUUCUUGGCAUUUCCAUUGGUUCAAGUGAUGUCAAAAUUUUCUCUUCUUUCUUGGUCCCCUUGAUUGCUGAAUUCUUACCUGCACUUCACCGAAUAUAAUUAACCGGGUGUCUAAAAUCUUUCAAUAAUGAUUUAGCGCAACGCGAAAUGCUCAAUCUAUGCAAAUGUUGACAUUUGAAUAACACUUUCUAUUUUAAAAUACGUUGUUCUAGUGAAGUUGGGCAGAGUUUUUAUGAAAUAACUUGAUCCACUUGCUUACUUUUUAUGUUAUACCAGACACGAAAAUUGUAAUUCCUGAGAAAUGCUUGAUUGACAAGGAAGGGCGACGUUUCGGUUAGCAGUUUGGUGUUUGGUGCUCGAAGUUCAACAGGACGUUUUGUCUGAAUAAACAACAUUGUGCUGGAGAAAACACACUAAACUGUUGGGUUACGAUACGAGAUCGAUACAUUAAUGCAAAUGCUCAAGAGUUCAUAGAAAGGGACAGGGGCUAUUGAUCAGAACGGAACCCUUGAAGUUCCAUUUUUUCGAAAUGCAGAUGAAGGCGUGUGUAGUUUAUCAACUAGAAAACUUUUGAAACCGAAAUGUAGCCUGCAGCUAUCCGCAACUUACAGCGUACUCGAGACUACUCAUUUAUUCUUAUCAGCAUCACCGCCCCUGAAAUAGGUUUUGUGAUUUUGGCUGCCGAUAUGCGUUUUUAGCUCACCAGUCACGUCACAGUAUUAGGGCGCAUAAAUCUAUUUCACUUGCUAUAGAAUCCAGCUUUACGUCAAUAAACGAAGCAUAGGCGUUUGAUCUCUGGGCUAUGGGUAGAGAGACUUAUUUUUGAAAACUCUACCAAGGAUAAACUGUACUUGCGGCACUCAUUUCUCUCCCAGGAAGAUGAUACACCGGCGUAGUGAUGAAUGGCUCUUUACUACAGAUAUGCUAAAGAUAAUCGCUCGCAUUUCGGACAUAAAGCUCUUCAGUUGACUUGGCAGGAACAAGGAAGAAAUAGUUGCGUCCUGACAAUGCCAACUGCCCGGCCAAUAGCCCUGGGGUGAAUCUUACCCAAAACAUAGGAGAUAUGCAAACAGCCGGACCAUGUUUAAAUGGGCAAAAAGAUGUAGAAAGGCCAAUUCUGGAAGUGAUUUGGACCACAACGGCCAGAAAUGUCUCUGGAAGCAUAUCGAAGCUUUUGAAUGAGAGGACGAAGAAAAAGAAUGAAUUUUUCCGUUUCUGGAGGUUUUUGGGUGAUGCUCAUAGAACUGUGCUUAUAAGUAUAUGCAGCCCAUUGCACAUUGACCGGCGAACAUGUAAAGUGGCUGUUGAUGAGCAUACUUCUGAGCGUUAAAAGCAAUGAUUCGGAGCUCUUUUACAUCGAUCUGGCCUCGUUCUAAGAUGUGAUACAAAGCAACGACGCCUUCCCACGGGGACUUUGAAGAUUCCUGUUGGUAGUGGAUUGGGCCAAAGUUCGUAAUACGAUUUGAACGGCGAACAGCUGACUGAACAACUGAAGGCCUGUAUAGGCAGGUCGUUCUGCCGUUAGAUCGCGGUGUGACUGACGACGGUACAUAAAUCAAGACUGAUGAUUCCAGCGCCAUCGCUCUCGUUGGCCUUAUUUCUUGUUGAAACUGAUAUCCAUGCAUGUAUCGGCGUAUUUUUGUCCCCGGAAACUUGAAAAAACUUGCAAAUCUUCCAUGUAGUUUUCCCCAACGCUUUUAAUGAACAAUUAUUUUAAAGGUACAUUGGGUAAUUGACGUCUAACUUAGCGGAGCUUGCUUCUGCCUACAGGUCCCUGUCAAUGUAUUCAUUAAACUGGCGAAUGUUGGAUCCAAACGCGCAGUUAUUCCCUGUCCUAAUAUUUACAGGAUGCUGUCGGCAACGACUCGUCGACUUAACAUAUUCCAAAAUGUUUAAAAAAACAAACAGGCAUCCGCUAAGGAGGUUAUGACUCCGAAAUUUUCUGUGCUCUACUGAACAGACAUGGUGUUUUAGAUCUUACUUUGCAGCCGCAACUUAGGAGCUUGAAUAAAACUGGACAGGUAGAAGAGUCCAAGCACGUCGGAGCAAUUAGUAGUACGGAGACCAAGGAAAAUACCAUUCAAUACUCGGGGCAAAAUACGCAUUUGUCUGAGCUUCAAUCUGUAAAAUAAUCGAUCGUCCGUAAUGCACAGAAGCAGCAACAACUAGACAUUUGUUACACCUUUUCAAGAUCAAUCAGCGGCCGGUAAUGUUUGCAUGGGAAUGUACUCUCAAGCCCUUGUGCAAAAACGUGCUCCAAUAUGCCAAUAAAGUCGCAGUAUGCCCAGCAAUUUGGAUUCCGCCCUGGAAGAAACCCCUCCCUGCAUGUUCUGCUGGCAAGUCAGCCCAAGCCUGCUCCCGUCAUGUUUUCUAAAGGGAAAUCUCAAAGAUUUUGGCUAACACAAAGUUAGCACCUACCUAAUCGAUCAGAAACCUAGCAAUAAAGAGACCGCUCUUAUUGAUAAAAAAACCCAUGACAAAAGCAUGGCUGUCUUAAUCGCUCGGACUAACAGACGCCUAUUUAAUUCGGUAUGAAUAACAUGCUUCACCAUUUCCCGACCUCCCACGUCUCGGUAGUUUUGCGGUCAACAUGUGAUCCACAAAGUGAAUGCUUUAUUCUCCCGGGUUUUUAUUCUGUAAUUUACUCUUGCUUCCUGUCGAAAAGCCCUCCAGCACGAAAAGGAGGAGGGGGAGAAGGGGCUGAGAUCAAUACGUCUCAGCCUGAUCGCCGCUCCAAAAGACCAAAUCCCCGUCGUGUGCAGAGAUGCCGCAUACAUACAGCAGUUAAAAAACCGUGCGGAAACACCACCUGGCAGCUGCGGUAGUCCCCCGAGUGACAGUGGCAUCUGGGGCCGGAUCCCCGCCGGCGGCGCCACAGCCACUGCGGAGUCCAGCAGAAGCAGUCAAGACAGCACAGUUUUCAGUUAUCCUUGGGAUCUGCCCCCACCACUGGCAGCCCAGGUGGCAAGUGGUGAGACGACACCAAAUCCCAACAGCCCCACUAUAUCAAACUCGAAUCAAUCCAAUGAGCGCGCACGAUGGGUAACCCUGCACCGACAUGUAACUGGCAAUGGAGACAUACCUCUAGCAGCGGUUGCGACAAGUGUCAGUCGGGGUACACCUGUUAUAACCACAACUACCACCACCGCUCCUGCCUUAUGCUCUAAAUCCUCCCUCAGUCUGACUUCGGGCGAGGAAUCAUUGGCUGAUGGGCUGGUGAUGAGCCGUGGAAUGGAAGAGUCACCGGUGUCGCUGACACCAAUAGGGACGAAUGUGGAAUGUAGCAACGAGAUUCAAGCGCCCCUGUACACCAGCGUCUCAUCAGAAUCGGAGUCAUCGUCCAAUGGUUCGGUGUCUUCAGUCGACAGGUGGGAGCGCUUCUGUCUGUUUAUACCUGCAAAAAGAACGGCGGAGGAAGAGGUGCGUCCUAAUUUACUGCCUCCUCAUUUCAAAGAAAGCUCUUGCGUACAGAGUACAUAGUUCAUUUUGGUAUUUCGUGGAGUAUGCACAUAUUAAGAACAGAAGUGGCCUUAGUUUGAAUAGACAGCAGUCAGGAUUAUUUGAGUUUCUAGACUGACUGCACGGGGUUUGGUAGACAGCGGGGAGCAGGACGCGCCUGCUAACCAAUUCACAGCCGGAUUCUCUUGCCUCGAUCAUCCCUUCCACUGUUUCCUUCGAUGCUAAUCCAAUUAUACUUGUAGCAACAAAGCUCACUCGACUUUAUUUGAGACUGAUUGCAGCCUCGGGGUUUAGUGCUCCUGAGGGAUCAGAAGAUGCGAUUCCUCAGACAGCAUAGGAGAAACGGAAGAGGCGUUGACCGGAGCGGCAUACUCGUGAGCUGAUGGCGCGAGUAGUGAGUUCGAAUUGCCACCUCUAUGGAUUGUCAAAAGGUAUGUCGGUUACGCACGCAUUGUGCCUGACCUACAGAUCGUCAAUGCGGACUGUGAUUGCGACAUAGGUUUACGUUUGGCGUGACCUGUGUUACGUCCGUUUUUCUUAGCCGAGAAGAUGCUUAACGAUCCUGACGGUCAGAAGCCCUGACUGUGUCGUAUCAAAUAGAUCGUAGAGCCAGGAGAGGCUCAGGUAUGUCCAUGCGAUGUCGACUGAACAAUCGGUUGACAGUCAGGGUUUAUAAAGUUGUCUUGAUUUGUGAUCUUUAUCUCGGUCUGCCGUCUAAGCCAUGUGAACGUUGAAGAUGUGCCCCAUCUGCUAAACAUGGGUUGUCACCUGUGACAUUGUAUCAAAUCCCUACAUGGACAACUCACAAUUGUAUAUUUACCUUUGCAGCCGUCGUCUCAUUUUUGCCAAGUGGUACCCCUCCCACGGCCUCAUUGAAGCCUUAAUGAGACAGCUAACUUAGCUUUUAUUGGUAACGGAAUCUUUUGGACUGAUGGCCUACUGAAAGAGUGUUGAGCCGAACUUAUGGGUGACUUCUAUUUCAAUUGGCACUAGUAAUCUAACCACAAACUCAGAGAUAUCUAUCAAAUAUGGCUGUUGCGCCAUGGUCUGAGCAGGCGUGUCUUUUUAUUUCGGCUGCUUUGGGGCAUUCCUGCUCGUUCAGCAAGUGCUCAUGGAUACCGAUUGCUAGUGAAGAGCUCUCAGAGUGCCUGAUCUCUUCCAUCUUGAUGACUGGAGUGCUUUAGUGCGUUACCAUUCGCAGGUGUAGUGUUCGUGCGCAAGUCGGCCUGUGUCUCAGCGGGUGGUUAGUUUUGCAGUCCAUUUGUUUAUGCGUCUCGGUCGGGUUCCUCUGCGGAUGUUUCGCCAUUCGGCUGCCAAGUUGAUAGUUAGUAUUGCCUUUCCAGGAAUGGUCAGUUUUCGGUGAGAGCGACAUGACAGCGAACUAUAGCUACCCGUCCGUGACGGAGACCUGGUUUGAACUCUCGGCCCCAACGUCACCUCUGUUGAUGAACUUGCAGACAAUUUCAGGACUAAAGAUUAACUCUUUUCUCUGGUGCCCUUAUUUUUCCCCUUGAAGGAAUUAAGUUUGUUAAAGAUAUGUAUCAUGAUUCAACUUCGGUAAAAAAGUCUUGGUGCUGUAAUACUUUGGUUGUUUUCUGGUAGAAGCUGAUGCAUGACCAUUUCUUUACUUUCGUUUACUCAACAUGUGCUGGUCUUCAGCCUUUGAGUUUCAGUGACCUACCGGCUUUUAAUUUUUUGUAGGUCUUUUGAGACACGUCUUAGGCUAGUCAAGGCCUAGACUAAAAGUUUUGAAAACAGUGUGCCCAAAGUUAAGAGCCAGGGAUGGCGUUUCAAAGAUCUUCCAGUAUGAUUGUUGCUGCAACCCAAAAGUUACGGGUAACGUCACAGCCGACAAACUUGGUCAAACUUUUAGAUAAUUCUAUUUUCCAUGUCUUAGAACUGGCUCCCCCUUAAAUCUUAAGGAAUCACCAAACCUUCGAGCAACAACUAAUUUUCCACUUUUAAAGAUUGAGCGUUUGCACUUUCCUCCAUUUACUUUUGCAGCCCUACGGUUUGACGGUUGGCCAAACACUACAAGAGGCCGAAGUUUUUUCCAAGGGCUCAGCGGAUGAGAUAGUCAAAAAGAGGGACUCGCCUGCAUACCACCAAUGUGCGUGUUUUUGAUUUUUUCGUCAACUUCUGAUUACCUGAUAUCUAUGCCAUGCAAUUUAUACCUCAUGAAAAAGCAUUCGAGGCAGUCAGGCCAUCGGUAUAGAAGAACUCAAUUGCAUUCACUGGGACCACUCAGUCAAACCUCCAACAGCAUGGCCAUUGCAUCCAAGUGUUCGCCAAAGACCCAUUAAAUGUGCACCAAAAUUUUAAAUAAGCUCUCAGACAGAAUAUAUUGCUUAGAUGCAAUUUCAGCAUCGGCUGCCAUUUAACAAAGCCUUGAGUUAGGAAACGCUCGACUGGAUGCUAUUUUAGACCAAGAAUCUUUCUAAUCUAUUUUCUAAAUAGUGCGAAGUGAAGGUAGUUGUUCAGUUAGUGCAUAUUUUUCCUCUAAUGCGUUUGUCUUGGACAGAUUCAAUCAGUUCUCCCAAAAGGGUCCUAAAUAACCUUCUUUCCUUGAAAACAUUUUUAAUUAUUUGGAUCCAUGUUUUCCACAUUUUUACGCAUAUCGGAUAUUUCCUUGAGAAACUAAGGAACUAAAGUUAACUGAUACUCUCUAAAGCACUCACGCAUGAGAUGGUAAGCUAAAGUAGGUGCUACCGAAAUUUCGGACCGUCGGAAACUUUAAAGGGCUUGCUGAUCAUGCGAGAACAUUUCUGCUUCGACGUUAGACCAAGCUCGCCUGAGGCUUCGAACGCCCUUUGGCUAACAGCUAGAUUAUGAGGCUGCGUCAGAAAAUAGAUAUGGACCAGUCAAGUAAUCUGACAGCUUCAAUGAGCAAAGACACCCGGAGCAAAAUAAAAGCAUCGCCUUACAAUGUGGCGCUCCUCCAGAAAAAACACUGCAAUGCUUCUGAAUCAAUCUUGCGGCUACUCUCAGGCAAUGUCUUAUAUGAUAAAUCUUGACAAUCCCAGAAUUACCGUGAUCGUGCCCUGCCGUUUACCUCCAAAUACUCUGCAGUUUUAAUGAAAUUGAAAAACAGCAGAGAUACCGAGAGUUAUCUCCCAAUAGACAUUUUAAUUGUAAAUGGACAGUCUGUUGACAUCCGUUUUGCAGAUCGGGGUAUCGGGCAGGACUGACCGAUUCCUUCUUCACGCACUAGAUCGUGGUACUAGAUACAUGACGCUGAUUUAAAAGCCUUGUAGGCCGAUAAGAAGUAGACGCGAUUACUGGGACAGGAAUUUUUUUCCUCAGACGUCUUAAAUUUAUUCGAGCGUUUACCUGAUGCUAUAUCUGGUGCUCGUUUCGAAUGUGAAUCAUAAUCGUCAGACGGAGGAAAUCUUUGUUUCAGCUACUGCAUUUUCGUUUUCCUGACUACUUCCUGGAACAUAAAUUUUCGCCUGCAUUUUGGCCGUUUUUCGAUAGCGUCACCUUCGCCAUGUUCAUAAAAGGUAAAGGAGCAGAGGAUACGGGAAUCAAGAUUUAUGGCUUCGUCAAAUUCUUACGCGCUAUCACUACACUUGGCAACUCAGCAAGGGAAGAUGCAAGUGGCUAUGUUGGCGGCGGACUUCAUGUUUAUCUCUGGCUCGAGGUCUAAUGGCUCGGGAUAGUGAAUGCUCCAUCAUAGGACAGGGUGUUGUCAUGCCAUCGCUCUACUUACCGUGUUUAAGUAAAACUCACUAUCACAAUGUUUAUGGGCGUGUUAACGAAACCAUAUGCCACUCAUCGGCCUGUGAAUUUCAAAUAUUGCCUUUCUCUUAUGACCCCACAGGUAACUGCAACAGAAAGAAGACGGCUCGGAAAAAAGGCGCUUUAUUGACCGUCUUUGUUAACCCGAUGUUAGAAACGGGAUUGACGGAAUUCUCUCUUUAAAGCGCGUUAGGAACAAGUUUUGUGUGUCCUUCAGCGAAUCGAUUUUAAUGCCUUAAAUUUUAUUGAACUUUUCCCCUGAGCACUAAGUUAUUAUUAUCUUAAUGCAUGUACGUGGAGUUUAAUGGUGAAUCAGCUUACGUACCUCAACAAAUAAGCAUGCUUUAGAAAGCAAAAACCCGACGACUACUGUUUGAGCUUAAAGUUAUAUGCAUUGAUUGCCAGUAGCAUUACUGUGCGAAUAGGUUUUCCUAGAGUUUAGUAUGAAAGUGACGGUAAGAGACUUGCAGCAUCUGUCGGAGACUGGCCGUGAUCCUCUCUGUCGGCCCAUUUUCCUGUCUGCGCGUCCUAGGUUUUAGUCCUAGUAAGUCGACCACCGAAAAAUGCUGUAUCUAUGGGCUAAGUGCUCAUGCCAGUAGGCUAAAAUCGGGUAACGCUCAGUCAGAUUGGAGUAACGCAUUCCGAUCUGUCCUGGUUAGAGGGCGGAAUUGUAAAUAUGGUUUAAAGUUAAUUGUCCACAGCCAACGCAGCCGACCUCAUGGUGGCUAUCAAUCACUAAUUACCCUGGAAUGCAAUGUUGUUUGCUUAGGGUGAGAUGAAAGUACCGAUUGGCUUAGUUUGCCCUCCGAUCGCUGUUUGCGUAUUUCAUAAAACAUUAACUAAGAUUUUUACGUGUAAAUUUAGUUAGAAAAAUCAUCUUAGAUAGGGGUGUAAUACUGAUUAUCGUGUCCCAUAAACUCAAAAUAUUUCAGCCCUAUCAGGAUGCCGGCUUUUGAAAGCGCGUCUCCCCAACUGCCUCGGAAAUCACACUCAUUGAGAAUGAUGGAUUAGGCAAUAUUUACUUCUUCGCUGAUUUUGAAGCCCUUAUAAGUAUAGAAAUAUUUUGUAACAUGCACAUAAUAUUCUUUUUACGCCUACUUUGUAUAAAAUAGUGCUUUCUUCACAUGCUUUGCGCGAAAAAAACAGGACCUAUCGAUUUAGGAAGCAUGUGCUUGUGAGAUUUUAUUGACUGCUUAAUGUCUGUUCAAACGGUAUCGUAUAUUUCCUUUUAUUAAUGCUCCGUAUAAGAUAAUUAUUGCGAACUUUUAGGAACGUCACAUGGCAUCUUUUUUAAUUAUGCAGAGUAGUGUCUAGUUUUCCUUAAAUAGAAAAUGCGCGGCUUAUCGUCUGUAAAUCAUAAACGCAACCGCAUAGGCAGAAUGCUUUCGAAAAUAUUUAGAAAUUGUAAAAUUUCUUAAAACUGGAAGAUCCCGUUUAUUUAAACAAAAAAUUGUAGAAGAUGGUCAGCUUUUCGAAAUACAUCACUAACUGUACGCUACAGCUCUUUUUCGGGUGGACAAUUAUCGCUUCCAGUAUCAUUUUCUGCAGAUCCAAGUGCAAUGUUCAAAAGGUAGUCAUUAGUUGGGUUAUGGAGUUGGAUACUUCAUCCAGAAGGUGUUCUGCUUGCAAAUAGACUUUGAACAGUUUCGGUCUGCUGCUCCGAAAAUGAUGGCCAAAAUCACCCCUUGAUGUGGUCAAACCUAUGUUGAAAUUGUCACCCGAAUAGCCCUAUCACGCUAGCUUAUCGAUCUAAUGACGUUGUUGUAAUUUUAAGUAUUUAGCCAAACGGGGCGGUAUGUGCUGAACUCUUAUAAUCCACUCCGCAAGUCCCCUGAUUCCCCACCAAUAGGUUACUUAUUCUACUUUUAUCUUUGAAAGUGAUGUUCGUUUAUUACCAGUGGGAACUAAUUAUGAAGGGAGGGAUGGGUGAGUGUGACUGAUCCUGCGUACACCAGGCGUUGUUUUCAGUUGCUGCUUGGCGAGAUUGUAGGCACCUCAUACGCGAAUACCUGGCACACACGUCACGUUAAGAAUCAUGUGAUCACUGUUUUCGAAUGACUGCGGUUUUCUCGCGUCCAGUCUCGAAGACAUUCAACCGAAUACCCUCACAAACCCAGGGAUCAUUCAAUCAACUGACCUAGUUGGUGCUGACUGUUUUCGCAUGAGCCAUACGCUUCAACAAUAAUGAAAAUUCGAUUCCAAGGUAGUAUGUCAGGAGUAGGAAGGGCGUUCGCCGGGAGGGCUUUAUGUUCGUUCCGGCUUUUAGAGCAGUUACUUCGUCUACUCAUCGUACUUUGCAGAGUGGCGUACACAGUUAUUUUUAUAUAACAUAUGGGUAGCAUGAGCGUUUUUUUGUGAUACGCAGAUAAUCAAAGCCGUAUGUGGGUGCGAAGCCAAUUAUCAUGCCGCCAUGGUUUAUGUAGGUCUCACCGUCGUUGAUUGCGACGAUAACUGGCGCCAGCGACGGAGUCAUGCCCCCACUAGCUUCGGUCAGGUAGAUUCGCAAAACCAGAUGGAAACUGGGAGGUAUACGUGAUUGUUGGCCGAUCGUUCACUGUACCUCCAGGCCUCUAGUCCCUGCCUUGACGAGUGGUCGUCAUCUCAGCCCAAAAUCUGAACGGCAUCAGGGUUGUUAAUGUGUCCCAUCUCCGCGGCGUUGGUUGACAACUCCGUCUUUUGUUUUAACCUACGAACGGUCAACUAAUGUUAAGGUACUCGUUGUCGAACUUUGUUAUAUUCGCACCUACAUCGCCAUUGUACAAAGACACGCCUGGGCUUUGGGCGGACGGCGCAUCGGACCUCAGAUGGCCAUCAGGCGGUACAAAACUAGCAGUUCUUACUGAUGUCCGCUUUCUUACUUUAUUUGCGAGAGCGGUCUGGUUAUGUUUGUUGUGAAGUACGCUGAUGAUCUUUGCCGCCAGGUGAUAAAUAGUCUCAUUUUCGGAUUAAGGCACAGGCUACGAUGAACCCCCUCACUGUUGCCUCCAAAUCGUAUUUCUUACCCAUGUGAGAUUCCAGAUAUUUUAGUCUGGUUAGUGUGUGUAUAGACACCAACCCAUCAUAUGGCAAGCGCCGAUGAAGGAUUUAUUCCAUGUCAGUCAUUAUAGCAAUACCGAUUAUCGGUCACAUUUACUCUGCGUUGUUACUGGAACACGCGGAAUGUAGGAAGGGAAUUAAAUAGAUACUGCGAAAGUUUUUUCUCCAUAGCUUAAUCCACUAAUUUGUAUUGCUCCCUGCGCCAGUUUAGGCCCUGAACGCUUAAAACUGAUGACUCGCCAGGUGCUUUUGUCUGGACCCUAAUGCGCACUGAGGAUAAGGAUCCGCGGGUGGUGCAAGAAUAUAGGUUGACAUAGAGGGAGCGAAGGCAACGCUAAUUCGGAUGAGGUCACGGUGGAUAGGGGCCACUUGACUCAACAACCAUCGCGGGAAGUUUUGAGACUCAGCUGAAUAGGCUAGAGCCGCGGUUAGACUUAUGGAUGUACUGGCGACAGACGAAGUGAAUUUGCAAGAGGAGUACAGGACAAGCGUAUUUCACUAGAGAUGGAUAGACAAAAGCGCAGAUGACCGGGAUCGUUUUCGUGACCCUCAUUGUGGACGAAUAAUGAGGAUGCUGCUUGAGCUAUGAGGACCAAAUAGCGUUUAUGAAGGCGCAGUUCAGGAAGGAAAAUUUAAAGAGGGUUUACAGAAAUUUGCGUCCGGGCCUGAAAAGGCAGGCUGUUUCAAUAAGGGCUUGAACCACUCAAAGUGAUCAGUGUGAGAUGGUUCGUCCAUCGAGUCUGAGGAGGGCCGCGACUGGCAUAGGUCCAGCAUCGGAUGUCCCAUAUUGAUGUUACAGACACUUCAACGUAGCAUCCGUCAGUCUGGUCGUUUUGUUGUUGGGUCAUGCUCCCUGAAAUGAGAUCACAUGAUUUCUGAGGUUUACAUACCGAGAUUCGUGGUGGUGAAUUGAUAGGAGAAUUAGUGGAAGAUUGUGGUGAAAAAAGAUAUUUCCAAGCAUGGUGAAUCGAACAUAUGAUGCGCAUUCAUGGUGCAGUAAGUUGGGAGACUGGCUAGCGGUGGCAAUGGUGCUGGCCACAGCAUCCUCAUGGUUGCCGUAUUCAUUGCUAUAACAGUAAAUGCAAAGGUGCUCACUGAGGUUAGUCGGGAUCCUGGCCAUGCAAAAACGAUGAGAACACAUUGGAAGGGGUCCGUCGGUGAGAGAUUUACUCAUCCGCAGCCCAUGCAAACGUCUUACCUUUCUCUCCGGUUUUCUCUAUUCGGUUGGUUUCGCAGGGUGUGGCUUUUCCCUUUACAGUAGAUUCCUUUGUUUGCUGACUUCCUUUUAGAUUUCACUGAACCCUGGGAUCGUUCUCAGACAUUAAAAUAAGGCGUUAUAUUCAAGCAAAUGGUGCAUUUGGCUUUGCCGAUACUGGCCACCUUCAGUAAGAUCGUCAAAUAAUAACUAUCUCAAUAGGCACACAUUAGACAUCCUCACGACUUGGCCGUUCAAUCGAAAUUGAGUCUGUCUCGGCAUUGCAAAUAUUCUGUUUAGACAAGUCCGAUGGAUAACCCGAAUUACUGUGACCCUUUUUGCACAUGACCUUAGGGAACUCCGCAUACAGCUCAUGCAGACCUUAACAUGGGUAUAAACGUGUCAACAUAUACGAAGGUUGUUAAAACCUAGGGCAUACUUUGCGCAUAUUUUCAUUAUAAUUUCGAUAGAGCACUCAGGGUGCUUGCCCACAUCUCUCGAUCUCUGUCCAGGAACUAGUCAAACCUCCAGCUGGCAGACCGCCGUGUCUGGAAUUUUAUUGGUGUUCUGGUAGAUUCUAAAGUGCUGUUCGCCGGACAUAGCUAUAGGACCGCCCACUACCCUAAUGUGCCUUCCAGAGGUCGAUGUGAGUAGUCGACCCUGAGUCAUGUUCAUUCACACAGUUGGCUGUCGUCCUUCGCACCAUUAUUGUUAAAACAGACAAGCAGACACAACCCCAGUAAACAUAUGAUUAUUUGGGCCACUGCGGCCGCCAACAUGAGUGAUACAUAACGAUUUUUUCGAGCUUGAUGGAUGCGACUAGAGCAAGUUUGAGACUUUAACAUAAUGUGACCAAACAUUACUCCCAUUCCUUCCCUCUUUCCCACUUCAAUAGAUGCUGUACUAAAACCCUCGCCAAACGUGAGUCCUUACGAGAUCAUAAUCCACGAGAACGCUACCAUGCCGGAUCGUCCCUACGGGGCGGACUUUGUGGAGCAUGAGCCGAUGAAGCUACCGCAUGAGGAGAUGACCGCAGGCGUCCGCGGAGUUCUGCUAGAAAAAAUGAAGCUUUGGCAACAGAACAGGGGAAGCUCACAAAAACAGCAACAGGAUAAAACGCGUCAAGACAUUAACACAGACGUGGCCUCUGGUCAGGAUUUCUUUGAUGAGAUUGAACUUGCGCGACCAGAUACAGGGGCUCUGAUGGACAGUGUCAUGAAUCCGCAGACAAGGAGGCUGAACCAUGUAUGGCUUUUGCCGGACAUACCUUUCCCAUCCGGCCUACAGGGGACGGAGAUGACGGCCACGACGAAGUCGUUUUCACUGGCACCGACACCUAAGGAACGAGGAGUUAACGCACCCGGUCAUCAUAUACGGGACUUUGUAUAUGUGUGAGUCCCUGCCCACUUGGCCAUUUAACUCACAAAUAAUGUAAUUUUCAAAUAACUCAAGAUUAACCUCAUCCUCCCACAAAAACCAUGCUUUAGAAGCAAGCGCAAAUCUCAGUAAACAUGACCUAUUUAUGAAUUUUUGGUUACAGCUGCUUUCCGGAUUCAAACUCGCUAUUGGGCGUAAACUGAAUCAAAUCAUUUGCCAGUCUAGAAAGUGUGUCACCCUAUGAAUGGGUCACGGUCCCACUAACGUUUCAUUGACCAUUUAACUCCACUAGCAUAGCAACCACUCGUCAAUGGCCUGACCUAGUUCCGUUAUCUGCCCGAAUGACCCAAGAUAGAUAGAAUUAUAUUUUGCGGCCGAGGCCACCGAAGCAGAGUGCCGGCGAUUGCCGCUAUCCAUGACGAAACUCGAGACUGUGCCAAGGUGUGAAUAUCUGGUAGGCGCAUCCACGCCCACCUCGAAACCUGGCAUGGGAUGGUCGCGUCCUUGAUUUACGCUGACUCUGAAAUCGUUUGAUAGGGACAUCGGCGGAGACCUUUGCAGCAGCUCCAACGAAGUAUACGCCGCCGUAGUUCUCGCACUUUGUCUUGGCUCUCUUCUCGAAAAUAAACGCAGGGAUAUCCGAGUCUCAGUUACCAGGAGGGAAAUCAUCUUCCCACGUUUGCAUAAUUAACUUACGGGGCCAGGACGCCAGAGUGUCAACGCAGGCCUUGUAGAUUUAAGCGAGAAUACCGUUCUCUCGGCGUUUUUGCGCAGCUUCCGAAUUACACUGACGAAUUUUCCCUAAGAAGGGGUAAAAUGACACUACAUGGACUGCAGAGGGAUACAACAGCGCUGUUGAUGAAAACCAGGACGGGAUGGGUUGGUCACCGAAGUUGAGAAGGUACUCGGAAGACUCGCCCCUGCAUUCGGUUGAAGUCGAGUGCAGGGUCGAGCCCUCCAAGCACCUUCUUUACUAAAGUCGCAAUUCACGUCGCGAACAGCCUGCCAAUCAUUUGACGAAUAAUUCGGUAGUUUUCGUGUGUCCAAGGACAUUUCAGGCCGGCCCUAGGCAGGUGGCCAUUUCAGUCUUGUAGUUUUAGCGGUUUUCCCUAUCCCGCUCUGCCGUCGUUCUCCAGGGUCCGCGGAAGGAGUGACCGUUGCGAAAUCCAGUCCGAGUUAUCUGGGCAGACACAUUGAAAUUCCUUAAGACGAUUUAGUCGUUUUGGCAUCAUUAGAUUUUCCUAAGUUGCCUUGUUGACUGUAGAUUUCGAUAACGAUCACUUUAUAGUACCCUCUCAUUCGACCCUGGUCGCAAAUCGAGAUCGAACUAUUGUGCUCACAGCUUUAGCUGUGCUGGUUCGUCAUAAUUUUGCUAUAUCAGGGUGUCUUUCACGUGAUAGUUGGAAUGCAGACGAGAAGUGAACUAUUAGCCGUGUUUGAACGAGAACAUCGGCGUGAACCGGAAUAGUUGAUUUGAAUAUGUUUUGAGGUUUUUCGGGAAUUUUUAUUGCAGGCGGUUGUCAAACGGUCGCUCGGAUUGUUUGUUCAAUGCUGUCUAUUCUAGCGCAUUUCCACAUACACCUGCCCAAAAGACAGCAAUGUUAUGCGAUGGUGGAUCAUAACUGCCAUAUGACUGUGCCAUCUUCGAGCCUUGCAGCCUUUUAUGGAACCGUCGUUGGCCAAAUCUCAACCAUCAGGCUAUUGCUUAUUUUAUCAGACCCGAGAGCAUGCUUACUUCGCAGGUAGUCUACGCUGAAGGCUGUUCCACACUCCGCCACCUGUGAAUGCGCCUGGUAUCAAGAACAUAUGCUUAUGGGGAACCCGUCUUCCUGGGUGAGAAGAUAUCGGACUGUUUUGAACUUAUAUUGUAUUCACUCAACGAAUUAUUAUCCUAGUCAUCAUCCGACAGUUAAAUCCUCGCAAGUGACGAUGUCAACCGCUUGCGCCAAUGAGAAGAUGCAAUAUCGGUGGCUUCCGCGCGGAUUAGGUUGUGAUGAGGUAACCUUGCAAAGUACCCGCCACAAGCCCUAUCCCCCAUCCACCUUGAUCUGAUGGCAGAACGAAGCCAAAAUGACCGGAAGUCAGCCCAGGUACAGUGUCUCUCAAAGCCAAACAGCCCGUCUGCGCGGGCCGCACACGCCCCAGUCCCAACUCCGGUCGUACCACGUUACUGUAAUGUCGGCAGCAGCCUGACUCUCACUCCUGAGAGGGACCGAGUUAUCUCAUCGGUUGGCAGCUUUCGAAGUCACAACCCUUAGUGCAUCUUUAUAGAUUCAAGCGUAUUGGAUUUGUUAUGGAGAUGGGUUCCCAACUGUCGGCCUCACGCUUUCUUUCGUAUCCCAAGCACCAAUCCACUGUCCGAAUCUUUCUGCCUAGUACUGAUGAGAUUGGAUACAGCGGCUGUCAGAGCCAGACUUUCCAUCUGCAUGUGCCACAUGCAAACUAGUCCUCCUUUCAUAGACCAAGCUACGCUAAAGGAAAAUUUUUCCACGUGGAUGUUUGCCUAUCGCCUUUCCGAUGUUGGAAACGUAGAUCACAUGUCUGCUGAAGGAGAGGGCAGGGGGUGUUGUGGUUGUGUAUGAGGCUGUGGUGAAUCUCGCUGUCGUAUAUGCAUAUGUAACCGAGUUGUCCCAUACAGUGUCUGAAUGUUCUGGCGCAGUUUGAGCAGAUGAGGCGUGUGUGGCGGAUUUGUAUUAGGGCCCCAUGCACAAGUUCGUCGGUCUCGGUGCGAUGGACUCGCAAGUUACCGAUUAGACCUAAGCCUGAUGAGAAAGUGUGUUCGAAAUGGGAACAGGUUGGAAGUAUGUCCAUAUUAUUGGUGGCAGGAGCAGUGAUAGUGAAGUGGUAUAGAGACCGGUUCACAUUUCCUGUCACUUUUUCUGCAGUUGGCGGACUGCGAAAAGCGUGUCUGUGGUUCCGCGGUUUUUUUCGAAAUGAAAGCUGCUUUGCUGGGAAAAGUCCCUGCCCCAGAUGCGUAUUCAGGCGGUUGGUUUGGACACGGGCGAAGAUUUUUCCUGCAGGAUUGCGGAGGGAGCUGCCUCUGUGAUUACCCCAAAGUUUCCGGUUGCAUUUACCCUUGCAGCUGUUCACGAUGGGGACAUCUCUGAAGUCAUGUUGAACGUGCCCUUGUAGUUAUAUCUUCUAGAACAGGAUGAUAAGAUUCUCCAUGAGCUGUGGUCCGUCGUACUUGCAAACUUGCUGAAAUUGUGUCUGUUCACGAGGUUUUUCCACUUGACAGUUCGUGCACUUCUCUGGUUGUCUCAGGGAGAGAAGACGGAAGAUCAACUUCGUCGUUGCUGUACACUUGAGGAAGUCGGUUUAUGGCUUCUUCUCAUAUUGUUGACAAGUGGUUGAAGAUUCCCUGGAAGUGCUCACUGCAGCAAUGAAUAAUCUGUGGCUCCUCCUUCAGGAGGGCUGUUCCAUCCUGCCUCAACAGUGGCGUCGUCCACUUGGCCUGUGGAACGUCGACUGUUUUGAUGGUCGCGAAAUUCUUCAGCUCGGCACAAUCGGCAUAUUCCUGGACCUCCUCAACUUUGCGAGUCAGCCGGUCGUUUUACAUCUCCCUUAGCCUCUACUGUACUAUGCAUCGCAAACGGAAUUAUGCGGCGUUAUAUGCAUUACUGCUGUUGAUGGUGUAGAUCGUGUGUAGCCUGCGUUUCUCGAAGAAGUGUGUGCGGAUCUCUUCGUCAUUUCAUCGAACCAAUCCUGUUGCUGACGACGUGCAUGGGCGUGGGCUUUCUUCACGAUGACCCAGGAUGCCAUCCCGCAGCUCCCUCCACUGGAUAUCGACACUGGUGUGCGCCUCCAGGAUUUGCAUUUCUUCCAGUUCGAAUUUCAUGCAGUUUCUAAAAUCCCAUCGACGUCCAGCCGUAUCAAGUAACACAGUAUUUAACUUAUAUGAUAUUCAAAAGGCAAUUUGGCGAGCAUACGUCUGCUUCCGAUAAAUUCUCUUCAGGCCUGUACAUUUGUAUGUCUAUUGGAUUAAUUAAUUAAAAGAUACUGGAAAGUUAAUAAUUAUGCUGUAGUUCGGGUUUGGGUAGGGGAGUGGGAGAGGAAAAUACCAAAAUUCCAGUUAACGUCAGGCAGAAGGUGGGCCUCGGGGAUGGUCAUUAUAUGCGGGUUGCUGGCUUGGUGGCUUUGAACCAUGGCAACUGUGAGACCUGUAUGAAGUUAUUCUGUGCGCAUAGGGCCGGUUCGCGUAGCCUGAUUGCAACCGCCUCUGCCGUAGCUAACAGGCGCUGCCCAAGUAGUUUUAGAUAGCUUGAGGGUACCUUAUUAAUCACUCUGAAGUCCUCACUGACGUCUACAGAGUGGUCUGUGCCUAAAAUGCGCGCGAGGAUAGAGCUGUUGAUGUUCUUUAUUUGGCCCUUUCCUAACCAUCAUGGGAGAUAUUCUUCUACUCUUUUGGACAAACGCCGGCUCGUGCGACCAAUAUAUUCUGCCCACAGGAGCAGAUGAAGAAGUACAUACAUAGAGGUGGUAUAUAUUAACUUACCUUAUGGUCGCUUGGGGAUUUGUACGUGGAACCUCAUCUUGGAGGCGACAGCGCGGUGAUCAAUCCAGCAGUUGACCCCACAGAUCGCAUUUGCCCCUCGCAAACCCCGCUUCUCACGCCUACCAAAUAGAAUAUAGUCCAGCUAAUGCCAGGAACGCGAGCGUGAGGGCUUCCAUGCCGCUUUCUCCCACAUCAGAAGUCGGAAGAUGGUGUUGGUCAGGAGAAGAAUGUGUUCGUGCAGGGGGCUGUAGGAGUGUCCAGUGAUGGAUUCACGUGACGGAUGUGGUAGGUCGCUCACUUGCUUGCAUGUGUAGGCUACGCCUUGCGUCCAUUUCAUGGCCCCCAACUCUCAAAUGUGGCUCCCCGAAUUUAAGCUAUGCGUAGCGGCCACACUCCGGUAACCGCCCCAACCUGCGCGUUAAAAAAGGUGAGGGUAUCCGUAUGCAUCUCCCUGCACGGUAAGGUCGACUUCGCUGGCCGGAUGAAUCUUUGCAACGGCAUCGUCGAGACGAGGCUCCGCCUGGUACACCGCAGGAGACCACAAGCUUACCGCGAUUUCGUAGGCAGUCCCAGACUUACUCGGGACGCCUCCCACUAAACAAAAGCCGUGGCCCAUAGUGGAGUUCGGCAGUGGCCUGAUGCGCAGCCCUAGUUAGGGAGAGCACUGCGCAUCCCCGCGAGGGGGUAGGGACUAGAAAAGGUGCCCUAAAUAAAAGCUGGGGAACCACGCCGUCCGCAGGCCGACCGUGUUCGCAGACUCAAAACACACGGUCAAAACACUCAAAAUCGAAGCAACACACACACUCUCUCUCUUCUCCUCCCACCUCCCAGCCGCCCCACUAGCCAGACUGGUAGGGUGAGUUCGCUCAUUCUGGUAGUCUGGAAUGUUCGCUCCCUUUCAAACAAUCCGAGGAACAACCAACCGGGACGGAGAACGGCGCUAGUGGUUCGGCAACUCGCGCGCUACUAGGUGGACAUCAUUGCAAUCAGCGAGACCCGGUUCUCCGAACAAGACAAAAUGGAGGAGGUUGGUGCCGGCUAAAUCUUCUUCUGGAGCGUUCGCCACGGGGCAGAGCAACGGGACGCGGGUGUCGCAUUCGCCAUCCGGAACGACAUCGUGGGACGACUGUCCUGUCUGCCGCAGGACAUCAACAAUCGCCUGUUGAGCCCCCGCCUGCAAAUUCGCCGCCAUCAUCAGUGCCUACGCUCCACCGAUUACCAGCCCUGACGCCGCAAGAGACAAAUUCUACGAAGACCUGCACGCCCUCCUGGCGACUGUGCCGAAGGCGGAUAAGCUGAUUGUCCUUGGUGAAUUCAACGCCCGCGUCGGCACAGACCAUGCUGCCUGGAGAGGAAUGCUGGGUCCCCAUGGUCUCGGCGGCUCCAAAUGA